AUGCAACAUCCAAACAUAAAUAUGCUUCUGCUGUCCGUUUUCCUGGGUCUUCUUGUGGCCUUUGCGGUGUCUAAGAAAGUAGCGGCGGACUUGCCCUGGGUUUGUGGCCCCAGAGAGGUCUUCAAGGAAUGCGUGAGCAGCACCUGUGCCGAACUUAGGUGCGACAUGGAAGGCAUGCCAGAAGCCUGCACCAUGGACUGCACCAGCGGCUGCUUGUGCGCUCCAGGCUUCUACCGUAGGGGGCACAGAUAAUGCGUUCCCUUGAGCGAAUGCCAAAUUGAGCCCCUCAAGCCCAUGCCUAAGGCUUGAACGAAUUUCAAGGCCGUUCCGGAC